AUCUUACGGUCGCUAGCAAGCGCUGCGUGGCGCGAAUCAAAAAUCUCGCGACAGACAGACUCUAAGCUGCCUCGCUCCGUCUGUUACGGCAUUUGAAAUGCAGUCGACCGCACGAGUGACAUCUGUGCUCGCCCUCGCUGCCGCCGCGUCGGCCCUGAGGGUGCCAAGAGCGCGGGCUCUCCCUGUUUCCAAGGCAGCCUCGCGCGCCGUCGCAGCGGUAGGCCUCGCCGCGGCGCUCUGGCCCGCCGCGGGCUUCGCGGCGGAGGAACUCGAGAUCGACGAGGGCCUCGCGGCCACACAAGCGUUUCUAGGGAAGAUCAGCAAAAGCGGCAACGUCAAAAAGGGCAGCGGCCGCGCCGCCGUGCCCGUCGGCGAUUCGAGCCUGCCGGACUUCGGCCGCGCGGCGCCGAAGGAGACCGCGCCCGAGAUCGCCGCCGCCGACUCCUUGCUCACGAAGAAGGACUCGCUGACGGGCGACAUCCGCGAGUCCGCUUCAGAAAGAAUCGGCAGCGAGGCGCCCGUCGUCGAGGCCGACAGCAAGCAACGACCGACGAAGCGCGAGACGCCGGCUUGGGUGACCUAUAAAGCUCCUGAGCCCGAGCCCAAAGAAGCUCCCAAAAAAUACGAGCCCGCCGAGCCGACGUUCACGAUCACGCCGAAGAAGGACGACGCCUCGUUGAAGGCGACGGGCGACUUCUUCGCGUCCAUCUCCAAAAAAGGCACGGUGAAAAAGGGCGACGGCAUCCCGGUCGCGCGCGGCGAUUCGAGCCUGCCGGACUUCGGCCGCGCCGCGCCGAAGGCCGCGCCGGCGGCGUCGGGCGACUUCGACGCGCUCGCGUCCAAGGUCCAGGCGCGCUACGAGUGAGUAAGUUAGGAAUAGGGUGC